GGAUCCGCCACUGCCUAGAGAAAAUUUCGUGUUUCAGUUCUCUGUUUCUGAUUUUCAUUCAGUUAAAAACAAGUUUGACUGGGACGAAUGGGUGGUUCUGAUGCCGUUUUCGCGCCAACAAAAGCGUCACUACAGAUGGCGCGUUUCGUAAUAACCACGUGACUUACAGAUCGCGCGGCAGCCUAGAAUGACAUGACGGCCAUGAAGCUUUACCAUACGUAACACGAAGUCGACAGCUUUUUUUCGUUGCAUAUCGGUGAACCAAUUCCAAGUGAAACGGAGAAAACUUAAGCAGUUUUCAGUGUAAUCAACGUCUUGCUUCUGUCGAUCAAAAUUCCAAUAGUUCCUUAUUUCAGCGUGUUGAUCACAAGACUCUUAAGAUACCAAGGAAAUUGUCCGGAUCGGCGAAGACAACGAGAAGUCUUUUUCAAAUUAAGCAGACUGAAACCAGAACACAGUCAGGUUAUUCGACGAACCUUAUACAAAGAGGUGAAAUAAAAAAAAUGACAGAUUGCAGCGAUCUAGACAGACAAAUUGACAAGUUGAGGCGAUGCGAACUUAUCACGGAGAAAGAAGUAAAGCAGUUGUGUGCUAAAGCGAGGGAAAUCCUUGUAGAAGAAUCAAAUGUCCAAAGGGUGGAUUCCCCAGUGACUGUAUGUGGUGACAUUCAUGGACAAUUUUACGACUUAAAGGAACUCUUUAAGGUUGGAGGUGAUGUGCCAGACACAAAUUACCUCUUUAUGGGAGACUUUGUGGACAGAGGAUUUUACAGUGUAGAAACAUUUCUAUUACUUUUAGCUUUAAAGGUACGAUAUCCCGACAGAAUAACAUUAAUUAGAGGAAACCAUGAGAGUAGGCAGAUAACACAGGUUUAUGGGUUCUAUGAUGAAUGCUUAAAGAAAUAUGGUUCAAUAACAGUUUGGAGAUAUUGCACAGAAAUAUUUGACUAUCUUAGUUUGUCGGCAAUCAUUGAUGAUAGGAUUUUUUGUGUUCAUGGUGGUCUUUCUCCAUCCAUUACUACCUUAGAUCAGAUAAGGGCGAUUGACCGCAAGCAGGAAGUUCCUCAUGAUGGUCCCAUGUGUGAUUUACUUUGGUCAGACCCAGAAGAUACACAGGGUUGGGGAGUAAGUCCUAGAGGUGCUGGAUAUCUGUUCGGUAGUGAUGUUGUUACUCAGUUUAAUGCGGCAAAUGACAUUGACUUGAUCUGUCGAGCUCAUCAGUUGGUAAUGGAAGGAUACAAGUGGCAUUUUAAUGAGACAGUCCUCACUGUUUGGUCAGCUCCAAACUAUUGCUACAGGUGUGGGAAUGUUGCAGCAAUAUUAGAACUGGAUGAGCAUUUAAAAAGAGAAUUCACAAUAUUUGAAGCAGCCCCUCAGGAGGUGAGAGGUAUGCCAACCAUUGCCAAAAAGCCCCAACCAGACUAUUUUCUCUGAAGCUGUGUGCUGCCACCACAGCCGAUCAACUAUAAACUACACUGUAUAUAACGAUUAGCAGGAAUUAUAAUAAUUUUAUAUCAGUCUUGCCUAUUAGUCACACAGUUAGAGGAUUAAUUUAUUGAAAUAAUUACUCAAUUUUCGUUUUCUCAUACUUUCGGAGUUGACAUAGAAUUGUAAGUGGAGUGAAUUAUGUGACAGCAGUCAUUGUAUUUCUUAUGGAGAAAUAAGCACAGACUUAAACCCUUUUGCUCAUAAGAUCUGUAUACCAGUUUUCCACACUGUUUUCCAUACAUUGUUUAUGAACUUUGUUAGAUCAGAUAAGAUCCCUGUGUUGAUGAUUUUUCUCAAUUCUCAUUACUGUUCUGCCUGAAGUUGUCUUGAUAAUGUGAGGAGAAGUUCAAGUGUGAUCACUCCGAGAGUGUAAGGUUUAAACACACAAUACCUGUUGAACAGAUCAGAAAGGAAUCAAAGUAGAGCUUUGAAAAUACUGACGUCAUUCAACUGUAUAGAAACAUAGCUUCGUGUAGUUUUCCAUGUGAUAAAAUCUCUGUUCUCAUAAGUUAUCUUUAGUUUACCGUUAGGCUAUGAUACUUAACAGUUUAACUUAGGAUAGGGCGUUAAUUUAUUGUGAUUUUGAAACUUGAGUAGGUGUUACCUACUAUCUUUAACCACAACUGGUUAGAAGGGAAUUCAGCAUUUUGCUGUUAACUUCUGAUCAAUAUUUAAACGAAGUUCAAAGCUUGUAAAUUUAGGUUUUCUGGGAAACACUUCCUAACUUUUCUUCUUUGUUUACUUCAUGAAAAAUAAUGUGCAACUUCUGAAAUUACCAUUUCCAAGGAGGAGUGUGAAAUAUGAUCCAAAAGUGUUGUGAUGCAGAAAAAGUCCAAGCAAGUUAAAUAUGUAGAUUUGUUAAAGGCAUGUUGUGACAAGCUUGGUCCUAAAACUAAAAGUGGUCGCAUAAGUGAAAAUUUUCAAGGCUUUCACUAACAUGAACUUUAUAGACUGAGUGGGAAGGCUGGAAAUGAAAAAAAAAAUUAUUAGUUCAAGGUCAUUGUAAUUAUGUAUACAGUACCAAGUGCAGGAAGGUCUGUACUUCAAUAGCAAAAAAUAUUUUCCUGUCUGCCCAAACCCUACUCAGUCAAUUAUCACUAUAAUGCUCUUUGUCUUCUGGCAUUUCAUGGGGCUGUACACCUUUUCCUGCCUUUGUUCAUGCCAUUGCGUUUGCCCCUCUUAGGAGAUUUUUUGUCAAGGAUUAUUCAAUUAAAGUGUGCUUGGGGCAGCAGGGGUCAUAUGAUAAAUCAGCUAAUUUUGAUUUCAAUUUCUCUUGUUUUCAGUUCAAGGGCUGUUUUCCUAGCUUCUUGACCAUGAAUAGUGAUUUAGAUAUUAUGUAAGAGUUGCACAGCAUGUUUAUUCAUUGAUAGCAAUCAAAGUUCAUUCCUAAACCAUUUGUUCAACACAUUGAAUUUUUCUUAAUUGUCUCCACUGUAGCCAGGCUGGCUGAGUUUUGUCAUUAAGAAAAGUUUUAGAUUUGUGUAUGUUGUAAUUUACUGUAAAUUAUAUCACUUGCAUAUACGAAAUCUUUUAUUAAACGCAAAUUUCUCUGGUGCCAA